CGCCCAAACAGAUUUUUGCUACGCCUGGAACGGGGAACGGGUCGCUGUUGGAAAAAUAGACAGAGUCUAGUUGGAUUGUCAUAUUGUCGUGGUCGUGUACAGCUAAACGAAUAACUGAAUAGUCGUUGAAUGAAAACUGCAUAAUGUUUACUUUUUUUCGAGUGCAAUUCAACUGAAAAGUGAUCCCAAAACGUCCCAGAAACAGAUAAACAAAAAGAAGCAGCAGCCCGUGGGAGAGUGAAAGAGGUGUGUGCGUGUCUGUCUGUUUGGCUGUGUGUACGUGUGUUUGCGUGUUAGUGUGAGGAGGAGAAACAGAGUGACGUUUACAGCUAUAAAAAAAGUUCGGCCCUCCGUGUCGGUUUUGGUUUUCGUCUAAAUUUUGUGUGUGAAACAAGAGCAAAAACCACCUUAAUGGGAGAGGUAUCUAUAGUCUGGAGUUAAUUCGUCUGCCGAUUCCCACAUGGCACUUGCAGGCUGCGUUUCCUAUUCCUAAAUUUGUUGCUGCUGCUGCUUGCUGGUUGUGCACGGCGCGAAUGUGACAGCGAUAACAACAAAAGAAGACCAGGCAACCACCCUCCUCCAUCCGCCUCAUCCCUCAAUCAUUCACAUUAGUGGAAAUAGGCAAAAAAAAGAGGGGAAGCGAGUAGGAAAGUUGAGAGAGACGUCGACCAGAGACGUAGCGCAUCGCCAAACAGAGGAAAUUGAGCAUCAUGUGUCGUUGCUGUUAGGCCAAAGGAUCGGGAAUCUCGGGAUCAACUGAAAGAUCGCACACGAUCAGAGAUCUAUCUGUCUGUCGCUCCAGUCCCAGCCUUGACUCCUCUGCGAGCAGCUCGUUGUUGCCGUCAGCGCCGCUAUGACCCUGACCGCCACGACAACUGCCUCAACACCGGAGAGCCAAACGAAGAUGGAUGUGAAGGGCACUCCCAACAGCAGCACCCUACCACCGCCCACAGCCGAUGAGAGUCUGCCCACCUCGGAAAUGGAUCUGCUGGCCAAGCUGGAGGCAGCCAACAAGCUGAUCGAGAGCGAUGCCAAGUCCCUCAAUUCUUUGCACUCCACGCACAGUCGCAAGAACUCGGACACGAGUCAGAUAAGCCUCACGUCGAGCGGCAAUUCUGUGGCCGAGGAGGACAUCUGGACAACGUGGGCCACCAUUCUGAACGACUGGGAUGGGGCGCUGAAGCGCAAGAAUCCGUGCGUGCGCGAGCUGGUGCGCCGCGGCAUACCGCACCAUUUCCGGGCGAUCGUGUGGCAACAGCUGAGCACGGCGUCGGAGGCGGACAAGAAGCAGUACGCGGAGUACAUCAAGGCGACGAGUGCCUGCGAGAAGGUGAUACGCCGCGACAUUGCACGCACCUAUCCCGAGGUGGACUUCUUUAAGGAGAAGGACGGGCCCGGCCAGGAGGCACUGUUCAAUGUGAUCAAGGCCUACUCGCUGCACGAUCGCGAGGUGGGCUACUGCCAGGGCUCCGGCUUCAUAGUCGGCCUGCUGCUGAUGCAGAUGCCCGAGGAGGAGGCGUUCGCGGUGCUCGUGCAGAUCAUGCAACAGCAUCGCAUGCGGCACAUGUUCAAGCCGUCGAUGUCCGAGCUAGGCCUGUGCAUGUACCAGCUGGAGAAUCUCGUCCAGGAGCAGAUACCCGACAUGCACAUACACUUCCAGCAGCAGGGCUUCCAGACAACGAUGUACGCCUCCAGUUGGUUCCUCACCCUCUACACGACCACGCUGAACGUGAACCUCAGCUGCCGCAUCAUGGACGUCUUCCUCAGCGAGGGCAUGGAGUUCAUCUUCAAGGUGGCCCUGGCCCUCCUCCUCACCGGCAAGGAGACGCUCCUCUGCCUGGACAUGGAGGCCAUGCUCAAGUUCUUCCAGAAGGAGCUGCCCGGCCGUGUGGAGGCCGACCCGGAGGGUUUCUUCAAUCUCGCGUACGCCCAGAAGCUGAACACAAAGCGCAUGAAGAAGAUGGAGAAGGAGUAUCAGGACCUGAAGAAGAAAGAGCAGGAGGAGAUGGUCGAACUGCGGCGAUUGCGUCGCGAGAACUGUCUGCUGAAGCAGCGCAAUGAUUUGCUUGAGGCUGAGAGUGCAGAGCUGGCCGAUCGCCUGGUGCGGGGUCAGGUCUCACGUGCCGAAGAGGAGGAAACAAGCUAUGCCAUUCAAACGGAACUGAUGCAGCUGAGACGCUCCUAUCUGGAGGUCUCGCACCAGCUGGAGAAUGCCAACGAAGAGGUUCGUGGUCUCAGUCUUCGGCUGCAGGAGAAUCAAAAACUAUGCACACCCCAAAUGCAAAAAAACAUACAGAAUGUAUCCAUCGACAGCAACAACUCUCGGCAGUCGUCGAUCGAUGAGCUGUGCAUGAAGGAAGAGGCACUGAAGCAGCGCGACGAGAUGGUCUCCUGUCUGCUGGAGGAGCUGGUGAAGGUGCGUCAGGGUCUGGCCGAGAGCGAGGACCAGAUCAGGAAUCUAAAGUCAAAGGUCGAGGAGCUGGAGGAGGACAAGAAGACGCUGCGCGAGACAACGCCGGACAAUUCGGUGGCGCAUCUGCAGGACGAGCUGAUUGCCAGCAAGCUGCGCGAGGCGGAGGCCUCGCUCUCCCUCAAGGAUCUCAAGCAGCGGGUUCAGGAGCUCAGCUCUCAGUGGCAGCGCCAGCUGGCCGAGAAUCAGCGCAGCGAGAGCGAGCGGAACACCCAAGCGCUGGACUCGACGCCCAAGAAGCUGUUGACCAACUUCUUUGAGGGCUCCAAGUCCAGCGAGCUAACGCAGAAGCUCGAGGAGGAGCUGAUGACGACUCGGAUACGGGAGAUGGAGACCCUCACCGAGCUGAAGGAGCUGCGCCUCAAGGUCAUGGAGCUGGAGACCCAAGUGCAGGUGUCUACAAACCAGCUGCGGCGCCAGGACGAAGAGCAAAAGAAGCUCAAGGAAGAGCUCGAGAUGGCCGUUACUCGGGAGAAGGACAUGGCCAACAAGGCGCGCGAACAGCAGCACAGAUAUUCGGAUCUGGAAUCUCGUAUGAAGGACGAACUGAUGAACGUGAAGAUCAAAUUCACGGAACAGAGCCAAACGGUGGCCGAACUGAAACAGGAAAUAUCCCGACUGGAGACCAAGAACUCGGAGAUGCUGGCCGAGGGCGAACUGCGUGCCAAUUUGGAUGAAUCGGAUAAGGUGCGCGACCUGCAGGACAGGCUGGCCGACAUGAAGGCGGAGUUGACGGCGGUGAAGAGUCGCGGCAAAUUUCCGAGCACAAAGCUGCGUAGUGCAUCGAUCCAAUCGAUUGAAUCGACAGAGAUGGACUUCAGCGAACUCAAUAUGGUGCGGCGUGGUAGCACGGAGCUGUCGACAUAACCAAAAAACAAAUCAGCCACACGACAACAUUCACAUCAUCAGCCACAAGAAGGGAAGGAAAUAUCAGGGGCAGUACAGGAUACACUUCUCUCAAAGCCAUAUACAUUUACUGCUAUAUGUGUUGAGAGAGAGAGAGACAGAGAGAGAGAGGAGAGGAAGAGGAAGAGAGCGAAGCACAAGCCGAUCUACAAUAUAUAAAACAAUAUUUAUAUAUGCUAUACACAUGCCUGUGAUCAGAAAGCAGAAGCGGAAGGAGCAGAAUCGGGCAUCGGGAAGAAGAAAGUGGAGAUAUUGGUUAAGAUUACAGUAUGAUGGAAGAGUAACAUCAAAAGUAGUUGCAAUCAAAACCACAAAUAUUAUUUAUGUAUAAUAUUCGUUUAAAUUUUAUAAUCAUAAGAAUACCCAUAUUAUGAUUAUUUGUAAUAUUUUUUUUGUAUUUUAAAUUCUAUUGCUGUUAUGUUUUAUUAUCCCCAAACACAAACACACACACUCUCAUAUUUAUUUAUUGAAAAUCCCAAUCAAAAACGAUUUAUAUAUUAACACUUUUGUACAUUGAUCCCAGAAAAAACGAGAGGGAGUAUCCUCUAGAUAUACUAGCAGAGCAUUUUUAUGUAAUCCUCCCCCAUUCCUAAAUAUAAAUUAAAACCCUACACUUUUAAUGUAAGUUUUAAGCGAAUGUAGAUUGCGUUUUAAGGCAACAUCAAGAUUUUUUAAAAUGUUUACUCAAAUUGUCAUUACAGAAUUCCACAAAUAUCAUUUGUGUGUAUUAUGAUUUCAUCAAUUUAGAACGAACGAUAUUUACGAUAUGUCUAUAGUGAAUUUGUAGUAGGAUCCCCUAUGUAAAUCUAAUAUCUAAAUCUUAAACAAACAACUACAACUAAAAUACAACCAAGUGCGAAAGACACAAAAACAAGCGUUGCCAAAUGCAGAAUCAAAUGCAAGAAGAAAAACAAAACCAGAAACUAUUCAAAAUAGUGAAAAAAAAAACAAAACUCAAACACAGAAAAUGUGAAAGAACCACGGUGAGAGGUGGCGCACAAUCCCAAUUCCCCAAGUCAACAACUUUCGCACCAACAAUACCCCCAAGAACGAUAUUACGAUAACAAUUACGAUAUAUAAAACUCUUGCGAUAUUCUUACGAUAUUUAGUUGACAUUCGCGUUAGCCAACAUUAUAGAUAUGGUUCCUUGUUACACUUAAACCGAUGUAAAACCCAUUUGGCAGCUUGUGCAAUGCAGGAAUCGAGUAAUCGAUGAGAGAUAUUAAUCGAUAGGCGACAAGAGCGAGCAAUCGAAGAGGAGAUUGAUUGGCAGAUGGUUAAUCGAGAAACGGCAAGCAAUCCCUUAAGACCAUUAUUAAUCGAUAAAAACAAUUUAUGAAUAAGUGAAUACUCCAUUCAUCUAUUAUAUAAAAACAACUAGUCGAAGAUGAGACGAUUAGCCGAUUAUUUUGUCAACAUUUGAUUUCAUAAGCAAUGGGACUCGAUAAAACAGCUCUCAAUAAACGAGCAAAGACAACUAGCGAUUACUCGAUAGACUAGCUAUCAAUAACCGAUUACAAACAUAAGCGCGAUAAACCAGCUAUCAAUUAAUGAUUAUUUUUUAAAUAAUGAAUCGAUCGACAGGCGAUUGCUCGCACACAAAUAUUUCAGGUUGAGUGUUAUAUUAUCCAUGUGCAAUAUUUAAGUUCUUUUUGUUUCCAAUUUUGUUCGAACUAUUUUUAUCAGUGUUUAGGUUUGUUACUUAUACGAGGGAGAUACACUUAAUUUUGUAUAAUUCCAUUUAGGAUUGCAUUUGCCCUGCAUGACAAACAUACAUACAUACUACGGAUAAGUGAAAUACAAUCGCUAAAUAUUCGCUAGAUGUAUGUGUCGCAAAACGUGUCACAAAACUUUGUUAUAUGUAAUACUAUAAUCAUUUAAGUACGACUACCAUAUUGUAAUGCUGUAGGCAUGUAGUGUUUUCGUUCCCGACUUUUGCUGAACUAUUAGAAUUUUUUGUUCUUAUAAAAUAUGUAUUAAAUUUUGAUUGUAUUUUUUGUAUAUUUCUGCGACACGCCCAGGCCAGGCGCAACCUAGAAUUAAUUGUGUAUUUAUGUUAUGGCAAGCGAUGGCACAAAUUAUAUCUAUGAUAGUUUCUAUAUACACACAUAUAUGGACUGACUUGCAAUUGGAUUUGUUUGACAGCGCACAUCAUCUAUUCACAGUUUGUCCAAAGUCUAGACUUGGCUGGAGGCUCGAGGCUGGCGUUAACUGAUUGACCACACACACACAAUACAGAGAAACAGAUAGCCUGGUCAAUGGGUUAAAUGCUGGGGUGCGAAUUGCUAAUCAAACAAUUGACCCACACUUAACUGUGACUCAUAGCCCCGGGGAGUUAUUGAACCCUUGAUUGGAUUUCAUUUGUACACAUUUUUCGCUGGCCCAAUCCCCAAUCCCCUCUGCCUGUCUGGAUGUCGUCUGUCUGCUGUUUGAUUUGAUAAAUGCUUUAAGACUUUGCAGUUUAUCAAUUCUACUGACUGGGACACUGGCCAAUGACUUCUGGACGAGACGAGACGAUUUGUUGACCCUACCAGCUCCUUUGAAUGCAAUUAAUUAGCAUAUAGUACAUGCAUAUACAUAUAUAUUGUAUUAAAGGCAAAUAAAUCAGUUACUGCUUCCAUUAAGUAAGGCAAAGCAAAGGCAUAUGGUCGGCAGUACCUUCAAUGUUUAGUUUGAUUUGCAAUUAAGUAUUACAAUUACGAUUAUUUUCACACAUUGUUGAUCAUCAUCAGAGAAAAACUCGGUAAAGUUCACACAAGUCACAAAA